GCAGAUUAUGUUCACGGGACUCAGAGUUUAAGGUUCCUCUCCCAUAGAGCAACUCUGCACAGCCCAGGCAGACCAACUUUGGGACUUUGAAUGAACAUAUUUACAUCCACCUUUCUCUUCAUGUCGACUUUUCUGGAAACAUUCACACGGAUGCCAUGGUUACUCCUACCACGUGUUUCCCAACCACAUUGAAUGGUAGAUUUGAGAACUGUGUGCCCCCAUUCUUCAAUCACUUCUAGCAAGAGCUUAGCAACAGCUCAAAGCAUCAUCAAUACAUCCAAAAUAUCUAGAAGGCCAUACAGUAUAACACAGAAAAAAAAAAUGCAAAGCAGAACUGACCCAAAGCUUCUGAGCGGCCUAGGCAAAACACCUCCCUGGACAAUAUCGACAGCCAUUGCUGAACUUCAAUCACAUGGAAUAGGAAAGGAGUCACGAGAUGCACAAUGACAGAGGCAAAAAAAAAGCAGCAUGGAUAUGCCAGCGGGAAGAUUAAAUUAGGCUACAGAUGCGCACCCUAGGCAGCUGCCUACUCUUUUUGUGGUAGGUCAACAAGGGAUCCAUUUGGGCAUGAAUUCCAAGCAAGUGCUGCAUAAAUACUGCUGGAUCCACCCUGAGAUAUCUUAACUGUUCGACUACUAUGUGAUAUUUGGGCCAGAUCUUACAGGUGAACAAGGUGAUGUCCUUCUUGUUUUAUGUGAUAUUUCUUGCUUAUCUUCGUGGCAUCCAAUCAACCAACAUGGAUCAAAGGAGUUUGCCAGAAGAUUCAAUAAAUUCUCUCAUUAUUAGACUUAUUCAGGCAGACAUUUUGAAAAACAAGCUUUCAAAGCAGAUGGUAGAUAUUAAGGAAAACCAUCAUAACACAAAUCAGAAAGCAGAGGCUCAGCAGGACAUGGAUGGAGUUGAAAAUGUGAAAUCAGACUUCCAGCCAGUUAUCCCAGUGGAUACAGACCUCUUAAGGCAGCAGAGACGCUACAAUUCUCCCCGGGUCCUCCUGAGUGACAACACACCAUUGGAGCCCCCACCAUUGUAUCUCAUGGAGGAUUAUAUUGGAAGUUCAGUGGUUGUGAACAGAACCUCCCGGAGGAAAAGGUAUGCGGAGCACAAGAGCCACCGAGGGGAAUAUUCUGUUUGUGACAGUGAGAGCUUGUGGGUCACGGACAAAUCCUCUGCUAUUGACAUUAGAGGACACCAGGUAACCGUGCUGGGAGAAAUUAAAACGGGCAAUUCCCCAGUUAAACAAUACUUCUAUGAAACAAGGUGUAAAGAAGCCAAGCCUGUAAAAAAUGGCUGCCGAGGCAUCGAUGAUAAGCACUGGAACUCCCAAUGCAAGACUUCCCAAACUUAUGUUAGAGCACUGACUUCAGAAAACAAUAAACUAGUAGGCUGGAGAUGGAUCAGAAUAGACACCUCCUGUGUGUGUGCAUUAUCAAGAAAAAUGGGAAGAACAUAAAUCUGCAUCUCUUUGCUAUAUAAAUUAUUACUUUAAAUUAUGAUAUGCAUGUAGCAUAUAAAUGUUUAUAUUGUUUUAUAUAUUAUAAGUUGACCUUAUUUAUUAAACUUCAGCAAAUCUACAGUAUAUAAGCUUUCUCUCUCAAUAAAUAAGAACAUGUGCCUCUGCUGUGGGCAGCUCCAGUUUUAUUAGACUAUGUUUAUGACACUGCUUGUCGGCAGCAUACCAUAACCUUACUGUAAAAUCUGUGUAAAAUCAGUAUUCUUUUCAGUAUUGUCAAACCAGUGGCUGUCAUUUAGUAAACUUGUUAAAAAUCA